CACCGUAGAAACAAAAACACCUCCAAUCACUCCCCACUCCCCUCGGAGCCGGAAAAACUAUCUUCCCUCCCAAAAUAAUAAUUACAAUCAAGCUAUCAAAGGAUCUAGAAGAUAUCCCCCCCCUCAAUCAACAUCUUAUAUACCUCCCAACUUCCCCUCUCCCCCUCUCCCCCGCAAGCAAAACCCCCCAAAACCAAAACCAAGAUGCCCCUCCAAAAAGCCCUCAAAGCCGCUUCCCACGCCUCGCGACAAAUAACCGCCGUCGUCGUGUCCAGCGGCCUCAUGGAAAAAACCGUAAAAGUAAGAAUCGGAACACAAGUAUGGAAUCAGCAUUUGCAAAAGAAAUUCAACUCCAAAACCCACCUCUUAGUUCACGACCCCCGCUCCUCCCUCACAACCGGAGACAUCAUAACCAUCACGCCCGGCCACCGCACCUCCAAAACCGUGCACCACGUCGUCUCAUCCAUCAUCGCUCCCUUUGGCCGACCCAUUUCCGAGCGACCGCCCAUCCCCACGGCCGAAGAACGCAUUGCGGAGCGCGAGCGCAAGUUAAUGGCGAAGCAUAUUCGGAAGGGGAGUUGGAGUCGGUGGGGGUUUGAGCGGGAUCCGAGGGGGAUCGAGGGGAGCGAGUGGUUCGUCGAGGGCUUUGCUGAGGGGAAGAAGGGAAAGGAGGAGGAGGUCAUUCAGGCAGAGGAAACGGCGAAUGGGAAUGGGGAGGAAGUAAGGCUUGUGUAGGUAGUGAAAAGGGAAAUGGAUGGGGAUAUAGGUGCAUGUGCAAAAUUUGGCGUUCAAGGUGUAUCAUAUAUUUGUGUAUAGGAAGUGUAUGAAGAUGGGAUUGUAUCAUAAAUAUCAUGUAUAAAGAAUGACAUGGGGAAUG